CACAGCCCUGGGCGUUGGUUCGAGACACUGACUUCUCACAGCAAGGUUUGUGUGGAGACGGGGGUAUGGCGAGGUGGGGAGUGAUCUCAGUGGUUGUCCUCAGUCAGGUUCUUGUGGGACUGCCUCAAGCUCCUCUCAACAUUCAAGAUAUUAAAUACGAUGAGUGCCGAGUCUGGGGAGUUUUCCACAUCAUUCUGGAGGAUGAGUACAAUCUGAACCUGUCACAGGCACACAAAGCCUGCCAACUCUUCGACUCGGUGUUGGCGACAAAGGCGCAGGUGGAUCGUGCACUCCAGCAAGGGUUUGAAAGGUGCAGGUACGGCUGGGUGGAAGAUGGGUUUCUUGUUAUUCCGAGAAUCACUCUGAAGGAGAUAUGUGGACAGAAUAAAACGGGUGUUGUGAUCUGGAAGCAGGACCCGGCCAUGAAGUAUGACGCUUACUGCUUCCGACAGAACGAUUCCAAGAAGGCGAAUGUCUGUGAGCCGUUAAUAUUUCCGCCCACAACCUUCACGACAGAAGCAUCGUCGGUGGAACCAGGUCAGGAGAUCACCCCUGCAUUCAGCUCUGAGACUGUGCCCCACCCAGAAUCCGGAGCAACGACCCUACCUCAAGAAACAAGGUCCGUUUUGUCCACCUUAAUCCAAACAUCAGUGUCGACGCAAGACAUUGAUGACAAGACCGAUCCAAAGGGGAACAAACCACUGUUGGGCAAUCAGAUCAUCUACUGUGUGCUGGUCGUGAUUGUCAUUCUGCUCCUGGCCUUUUUGGUUAUCCUGAUUUGCUACCUCAGAAAACGCAGGAGCUUUUCAUACUCGAGCACCAGGGGCCAGAAGGAAAACAUUGAGGCAGAGGUGUGGAGCCACAGUCUGACGGCGAACAACUCAUGAGCUCCACUGAGCAGGGACCAAAGGCUGAGAUCACAGCUCCCACCUCAAGCAAGGAACCUCCUGCAGCGUUAAUACACAUCCAGAACAGAAUGUGGGGUUAGAAUGAGUGAACAUGGUUAUUUCUUGAACUACACUGAAUGAACACCGCGGGGGGGGCGGGGUAGGGCAGGGGGGAACAAUUCAGCCCCUCUUAUCUGUGGGCACACAAGCCCUCCUCCUAUCCUUUGUCAUCAGCACAUCCAUCUUACAGAUUGCUUGAAUGUUGUGAAUUGUCUUAUUCCCCAGGCUAUGUCAGCGCACGCAGAACCCAACAUGCAAGGGCCAGUAAACCGUCCGUUAACAAACAGCAGGAUCUGUUUCAACAGUCUGGUGAAAGGGGAAGGGAAUCAGAACAAUGUUGAAUCAUUGAACAGGCACCGAGUUAUUGCUUUAACCCUUCAGCAGAACAUCAGAAGGUGCUGCUGAGACUGGGUUACCCUGAGCUCGUCUCUCCGCUGAUGUACAAGGGGCGGUGUGUGUGGGGACAGGGGAAUUGGAGGGGGAGGUGGGGGGAGGAUGAUGGAGGCAGAAAUCCAAGAGAAUGAGAGGGGGGAGUCAGAGGAGAGUAAGGAGAGGAGUGGGGAGUGAGUCAAGAGGGAAAGAAGAUAGGAGGAAGGUAGGAGUUAAGUGAGG